UGAUAGAAAGGACAUUUCAUUGCAUAACAGUAUAACACAAUCCAAACAUAUUUCAUAGCCUUACUUGAAGCUGUGUACGAGCCGGCUCAACACUUUUAUUCCGGAAACACCCUUCUCUCUACUUCUCAUUUCCCAUUUUUUGACGAUCCCAAAACAUGGACAUAACAGUAAAUUAACGAAGGCCAAUUUCCAUUGCCGAUCAAAACUCAGGGCGCCCCGUCCUCCAUGGCUUUGUACGAACCUUCGAUUUGGAGCUCUAACUCUUCCUCAUCACGAUUGUUAAUUUCCAAUCUACGAAUCACUCAAUCUUUACUUCUCGCUCACUAUUUAGCAUUAUUUUAACUAUUCAAGGUGCAUUGCCCUCCGACAAAAGCUCAAACGGGCUUUAUGUGUGGUACUAUAAUUGUGUCAUGCAUUAUUGUAUUUAUUGGGUUUGUAAUAUAGAGGAUGUGAGGAAACCAAUGCAAUGGCAACAUCUAGUAAGUUUGAUCUGUCUGCUGAUAGCCCAGAUAGGCCACUGUACACUGGCGGGCAGCGUGGUGGAUCCCACUUAACUGCUCAGUUAGACAGAUCAGGUAGUUUUCGUGAGAGCAUGGAGAACCCAAUCCUAUCUUCUCUCCCAAACAUGACACGAAGCAGUUCUGUAGUAUCACAGGGAGAUAUUGUGAAUUUCUUUCAAUGUUUGCGUUUUGAUCCAAAGGUGGUGGCUGCUGACCAUAAGUCUAAUCGUCACGGAGACUUUAAGCGACACUUGAAUGUUGCACUUGGCAUUUCAAUGGAUGAUUCUCCAUCCGGUCCUUCAAAAAGCAAAGCACCUGCACCUGAGGAAAUCAAGCGAUUCAAACUUUUUUUGCGUGAAAAUAAUGUCAAGGCCAGGGAACGCACAAAAAUUUUCAAUGAAGCCUUAUCCGUAUUCAACAAGUUUUUCCCAAGCAUUCCAUCAAAGAAAAGAUCUAGAGCAGAAGGCUUUUCUAGUGAUCGGCCAAAUGCAUUGUUAUCAAGUGACCGAUCAGUUCCGGGACCAAGCCUUGGUAAGAUGGGAAUUCAUAAUCACACUGUUACAGGUGGUUUUGAACUUGAACAGCAAAAAUCGGAGGAGAGAACCAAAAGUGUUGUUCCAAACAAGCGGACACGAACUUCUUUGGUGGAUGUGAGGGGCAAUGCUCUUGUCAGGCCAUCUGGUACAAUAGAUAGAGAUAGGGAAAUGCUAAGGCUGGCAAAUAGUGGUGCAGUUCAGGGCGAUGAUCGAACUUUAUCAAUUGGUGUUGAAGGUUGGGAAAAGACAAAGAUGAAGAAGAAGCGUUCUGGGAUAAAGCCAGAUGUUUCUCCAAGCUUGGUAUCAACUAAACACACGGAUGGCUAUCGGGAGUCCAAACAGGGAAUGCAGCAAAGACCUGCUACUGAUGCUCGAUCUAGGUUAAAUAGCGACUCUCAUGGGUUCAGGCCAGGAGCUGCGAAUGGCAGUGUGGCAAUUGGAAAAUCAGAUGGUAUCUCACAGUCAUCAGGCUUGAGUAUGCGGUCAUCCAUCCCUAGGGCUGAUCUUGACAACAAUUCUCUACUCAAUGACAGAAGAGAACGUUCUAUUGGUUCUGAUAAGGAAAGAGUUAAUCUCAGAGCUGCUAAUAAAGCAAACCUUCGUGAUGAUUUUAAUUCAGCAAGUCCAACUUCAAGCACAAAAAUGAAUGCAUCUAUCCGAGCUCCACGAUCGGGUUCGGGCAUUGCCCCAAAGUUGUCACCAGUUGUCCAUAGAGGAACCGCUCCAAAUGAGUGGGAGCUUUCUCAUUGCACAAGCAAGCCACCCACAGCUGGCGUUACCAAUCGUAAGCGCUCAGCUUCAGCUCGGUCUUCAUCUCCACCUGUUGCUCAUUGGGCAGGCCAGAGGCCACAGAAGAUUUCCCGUACUGCUAGAAGAACAAAUUUGAUUCCAAUUGUUUCAAAUAAUGAUGAAAGUCCUGCUUUGGAUACUGUAUCUGAUGUUUCAGGUAAUGAACUUGGAUUGGGAUUUUCCAAGCGUUUGAGUGGAAAUUCUCCCCAGCAAGUUAAAUUGAGAAACGAACCUUUAUCUUCAGCUGUGUUAUCUGAAAGUGAGGAAUCAGGAGCUCCUGAGAUUAAAUCUAAGGACAAGGCUAAAAGAUCUGAUGAGAUUGAUGAGAAAGUUGGACAAAAUGUUCAGAAGGUUUCAACUCUGGGCCUUUCGUCAAGAAAAAAUAAGCUUAUCACUGGGGAAGACCUUGGAGAUGGAAUACGGAGGCAAGGGAGGACCGGACGGGGUUUCACCUCUAGGACUUUUAUGCCAAUGUCGGUUGAGAAGGUUGGCAAUAUGGGAACAGCAAAACAGCUUAGAAGUGCCAGACUUGGUUUUGAUAAAAAUGAAAGCAAGGCUGGUCGUCCACCGACUAGAAAACUUUCUGACCGAAAGGCAUAUCCACGUCAAAAGCAUACAACAGUCAAUGCAACAGCAGAUUUUCUUGUCGGUUCAGAUGAUGGGCAUGAAGAGCUAUUGGCUGCUGCAAGUGCAGUGAUUAACCCUGCUCAUGCAUUUUCCAACUCAUUUUGGAGCCAAAUGGAAACAUUCUUUGGUUUUAUAUCUGAUGCAGACAUUACUCAGUUGAAGAAUCAGGGAAAUAUUGAAUCUACUCUGCCAUCACCAACUCAGGUUUCAUCUGAUGUAAAUUACUUGAAUACACUCCCUAAUGGAUAUGGUAUGAUUGGAAAUGGGGGAAAAGUGGGGCUUUCUACUGAAACAAGGCUGUCUGAACAGUUAGUGCCUGGAGGAAGAGAUAUUCCCCUUUGCCAAAGACUCAUUGCAGCAAUAAUUUCGGAGGAAGAUUGUACACAUGGAAAUACGGACCUGGAAUUUGAUACAUAUAAAACUGAAUUUGAGAUGGAUGGAGAGUCAGGAUCAAAUGGUUUGAGUCAUGUAGAAAACUUAAAGUUUGAUGGACAUUCUAUAUUUAAUGGUUACAAAGUGACAGGGAAGACAAAACACGAUGAGGCAGAGAUUGAUGCUUUGUGCAUUCCUAGCAUGGCCAUAUAUUCAAACUUCAAUCCUUCUAUAAAUGGUGUUAUUUCUGACCAGGAAUUGGUUCCUGGCCUGGCCUUUUCAGGAUUUCACUAUGAUGAUGUGCUGAUAAAUGAUAAUAUUUAUCUGGAGGUUCAAAGCAUUGGAAUUUUUCCAGAACCAAUGCCUGAUAUGCAGUUGGAGGAUGAAGGAAUCAGUGGGGAGAUCGUCAAGUUAUCGGAGAAGCACCGUGAACAGGUUUCAAAGAAGAAAGGUUUGCUAGAUAAACUGUUGAAAUCUGCCUCAGAAACGAAAGAACUUCAGGACAAGGAAUUUGAACAACUUGCUCAUGACAAGCUUCUCACGAUGGCUUAUGAAAAGUAUAUGGCUUGUUGGGGUCCUAGUGCCACUGGUGGGAAGAGUUCCAGUAACAAAAUGGCGAAGCAAGCUGCCUUAGCUUUUGUGAAACGAACAUUAGACAGGUGCACUAAAUUUGAAGAUGCAGGCAAAAGCUGCUUCAGUGAACCCUUGUUUAGGGAUAUAUUUCUUUCUAGGUCUUCCCACCUGAAAGGUGCAAGAUCAGUGGGCACUCCUGUGAAUGAGGAAUCUGGGAAACUGUAUGCUAAUACCUCAAGCCGCUCCCUAGAAAAUAGAGUUUCAGCUUCUAUGGGUCCACAGCCAAGUCCUCGAACUUCUCGGUUGAGUCAGAAUGGGGAUGGCUAUGUUGCUAAUCCUGAUUUGCUUCCACCAGCAAAUCGCUCAGCUGAACAGUCUACUGGAAAAGAAGACACCUGGUCAAACAGGGUGAAGAAGAGGGAAUUGUUGCUUGAUGAUGUUGGUGGUUCUACUUCUAGUGGCCCCUUAGGAAUUGGAGGGUCUCUAUCAAGCAGCACAAAAGGAAAGAGGAGUGAGAGAGAUAGGGAGGGAAAGGGGCACAACAGAGAGGUUUUAUCAAGAAAUGGAACUAAUAAAAUUGGUCGUCCAACAUUAUCUAAUGUUAAGGGAGAAAGGAAAUCUAAAACAAAGCCCAAGCAGAAAACUCAAUUAUCUGUUUCUGUAAAUGGCCUUCUUGGCAAGAAACCCGAGCAACCUAAAUUGACAUUACCUUCAGAGGCAAAGUCGGGUGAAAUCACUAUUAGUAACAAUGGCAAGGAAAAGGAUGGUUUUGGCUUGGAUGUUUUGGAUGAUCCUGAGGCUAUUGAUUUGUCCAGCCUGCAGCUACCAGGAUUGGAUGAUGGCCAGGGGCAGGAUCUGGGUUCAUGGUUAAACAUUGAUGAUGAUGGAUUACAAGACCAUGAUGACUUCAUGGGCCUUGAAAUUCCAAUGGAUGACCUUUCAGACUUAAAUAUGAUAGUUUGAAAUCUUUCUCUGUAUAGUCUUGUUCAUUAUACUAUUGACAAAGAAACAUAAUCACUGUUGUCAAAAAAUGACCAGUUACAUGGACGGUCAUUUGGCCACGGUCCACAAUUAGGUUAUAUAGAUUCUUUGGUAGACUUCACAAGAUUUUUAAGUGAACCUUUCGAAUGCUUUGGAUUUUGUUCCCGUGUUAAGUUGGUAACUUCGACUGUAAAGAUCUUUUGUUCAAGGUACAAUUUAGCAUGUCACAAGUUAGUAUGUCGUAGCAUUUACAUCCCAGCAAACACUGUAUCCUGCCAUGUAGCUUUUACAAAUCAGAGAACAAUGCCUCUUGUACAUACAUUUUAUAUUUCUAAUAAAAUCCGCUUUCCAUUCAGUGUAAUUUCUCUCUUCCUGACCUACAGGUGUUGCUUUUUGCCUUUUUCUUUUUAAUUUAAUUUUUAAAUUUCAGGUAUCCUAUGGUAGAACUGAUUUUCUUUUUAAUGCAGUUACUUGUUCUUGAUGUAGUUCAUUGAGACCAUCUCAUGCCUAAAGAGCAAGGUAUUCAUAAUUACUUGGUAUAAUGUGCUUUUUUCACCUUUUGCUGCCCUAGAGGUUCUGGUUACCUGAAUAUACUAUGCCCAUUUAAGGUAAGAUUUUUCCCAUCCAUUUUUGUUCUUCCCCUCUUUUUAGAAGUUAUUACUGGAGAUUGCAAUUGUUGUGAGCCUUGUUAUUUAACAGUACUGCAGAUUUCAGUUGUGAGUUGUGAUAUUUGGUGGUAUACUCAAUGUCUUUAUGGAUAUAAGAUUAUGUCAAAUAACAGGAGUUCCCAUAUGCCUCUCUAAUUAAGAAUAAUAUUGGGAUAAUUUUUUUACUGUUCAUAAAAUAACUCUUCAACUAUCUAAAGCAGAAAUAAUCAUAUCUUCUAUAUGCUUUCUGUUGCAAACCUGAUACAGGCAAUAUUUGCAGGACAUAUUGUUUGGAGUUAUCGGUAUCCCUUUUUGCAGGAUGCAUACAUACCUGAAAUGAAAAUUGCCAGCAAGUCAUCUUCUGUGACCUAAUUAAUUUGCACCUAUUUUAAAUAUUGGAGGAAAAGUUCUGCACCUGUCCAUGUUGCAAGAUUGUGGCUCAUUGUACACGCACGAAGCUCUGCUCAGUCCUCAAAAUUUGACCUUGUGGGGAAGUAGCUCAUUUAACUUGCUUUUAAGUUGUAAGUGAUUGAUCGGAACUCAUUUAGCACUCUCUUAGUCUUUAGUUAAUUAAUGUUCCAGUGGAAAAUAUAACCUACAUUCUUCGUCCAUAACCACAAGUGCCUCCUGAUCUUAAAAUAGUAGAUGCACAACUUUUAAAUCAAUGCACAAUCUCCUUUGCCUAUCUCCACUUAUUCUCUGGUAAAGACUUUUAACAUUUUGAUGAUGCAUACAAGUUCAUAACCACUUCAGUUUACAUCAAAUAUUUGCUUUGGAA